AUCUAUUACAUUUAUUGAGGAUUUAAAAGCCACUUUUUGAGAUGGGAAACAAAAGCUCCACCCCGAAAAACAAAGAAGAGGUUGCUCCUGAACCUGAAAAGGCUCCUGAACCAGUAGCACCUGCAGCUGAAGAGCCUGCACCUGCAGCUGAAGAGCCAGCCCCAGCUGCUGAAGAGCCAGCUGCUGCUGCUGAAGAGCCAGCCGCUGCUGCUGAAGAGCCAGCCGCUGCUGCUGAAGAGCCAGCCGCUGCUGCUGAAGAGCCAGCCGCUGCUGCUGAGGAGCCAGCUGCUACUGCUGAAGAGCCAGCCGCUGCUGCUGAAGAGCCAGCCCCAGCUGCUGAAGAGCCAGCCCCAGCUGCUGAAGAGCCAGCUGCUGAGGAACCAGCACCAGCUGCCGAAGAACCUGCAGCCGAAGAGCCAGCCCCAGCUGCUGAAGAGCCAGCUUCAGAGGAGCCAGCCCCAGCUGCUGAAGAGCCAGCCCCAGCUGCUGAAGAACCAGCCCCAGCUGCUGAAGAACCAGCCCCAGCUGCUGAAGAGCCAGCUGCUGAAGAGCCAGCUGCUGAAGAGCCAGCUACUGAAGAGCCAGCUGCUGAAGAGCCAGCUGCUGAAGAGCCAGCCCCAGCUGCUGAAGAGUCAGCUGUAGAAGAGCCAGCCCCAGCUGCCGAAGAGCCAGCUGCUGAAGAGCCAGCACCAGCUGCUGAAGAGCCAGCUGCCGAAGAGCCAGCAGCAGAAGAGCCAGCCCCAGCUGCCGAAGAGCCAGCUGCAGAGGAGCCAGCCCCAGCUGCCGAAGAGCCAGCAGCAGAGGAGCCAGCCCCAGCUGCUGAAGAGCCAGCUCCAGCUGCUGAAGAGCCAGCCCCAGCUGCUGAAGAGCCAGCCCCAGCUGCAGAAGAAUCAGCCCCAGCUGCAGAAGAACCAGCAGAAGUGCCUGCUUCAAAAGUUGAGGGAGAAGUUAUUCCCGAGGAUAUGGAGAAAAUGGGAGUGUAAUUUAUUGACGAUAAACUAUAUUUUGCUACUAGUUCGGAGGCCACUUCCAGAGCUGGACUUGAGGUUGAAAAGAUAAACAUAAAAAUAAAAUACAGUGUUCACAAGGUGAACACAGUACCUACGUUUAUUGAUAUCUAAUUAAAUAAAGGACUCCGAAGCACUACAAUUUGUGCUUUGUGCUCCAUCUUUCAGAACAUCGAGUUACUGUGAGGCUUUUAUUAUGAUAGUUUGGAUAGUUUACAAUGGACAAUUUCUGCACCGUUUGACCACGUAGGAGUGUUACAAUUUCUGAAUGCAGUAUUUAGCUACCCUAAGAGUAUAUCUGCUUGCUUCCCGAUGCUGGGUAUUGUUGGGACUUGGAUUUUAAGUCGUGAAUUUCGAAACAUUCUAAAUUGUCAAUGUGCACUGAAAUGCUUGAUUUAGGCUUUUAUUGGUUGUCGAUUAUUUCAAUCAGACAUGAUUGGCAUAAUAGUGAUAGUGGAUUGCUUCUUUUCAUUUUUAAAGGAUUAUUCAUGAUAUUGGAGUAUAUAAACACUAAAUAGCAACGUUCCUUAAUCGGCAAAUUCUAGAUUUCGAAUGCUGUUUUCUGUAGUGAGUGAUUAGUGAACGGUUUUGGUUCUUUCAACUGACGUGACAUGUUAAUUGAAAUACCUUUAAAUCUUUGGUCUCGUUUUUAGGGACUGUUGCAGAAUGUUUAUUAUAUAUGUAGUAUUUUUGGUGAGCACUUAGUGGUUUUAAACCAAGAAUUGGCUGACCGGGUCCAGACUAUACAAAUUUGUUUAAUGAAAUUUUGAAAUGUUGAUUUUUAACAAUGCAACCCGCAACUGGCAGUGGAAUAUUAACUUAUAUAACUAUGGUUUUGUCUUUAAAUUAAACAAUUUUGACUGUAGUACGACUCGCUGUUUGGCUAUUGCUGAAGAAAAGUAGUAUUUCUGGUGAUGCACUUGAGAAUCUGUUUUUAGUUAAAUGCAUCCGGCACUCUCUUGGAUAUAAUUAUUUACAUACAUAGCUUCGAAUUAGUAGAUUUUAGAGACUCAGUCCACAGUAUAGUACAAGUAUAAUCUUCAACACUCCAAAUAAUAAAUCUUACUGAUUGACCUUAAUUAGGUUAAAGAAUAAAGAUAUCAGAAGUUUCCUUAAUGCCCUGAUUAAUAAGUGUUGAUGACUUCAUUUACAGUUUCUAAAUUGAAAUGUGAUAUUGACACAAUUGAAUUGUGGAUUAAUCAAAAUUUGAUAGUUCGUCAACGUUUAAAGAUCGUUAUGAUAUAGCUUGGAUCGAUGUGUUUUGAGUAGGGGUGUUUAGGGGUGAUCUUUAUUUUAAUACUGACCUUAUGAUUUCAAUUUUAGUGACUAAGUUUAAAGAUGACCCUAUUUUGAUAUUUUCAUUGAUAUGCUAUACUUUCAUUUUCAUUCAUAAUUGUAACAUUUGGAGUCGUAGUAAAUGUGGUUCAGUUAACAGUGAUAUUUUUGACCUAUUGAAUACAAUCUAGUAUAUUUUAUGUCAUUAUUACAAUUUUGUAACUCUUAGUAGUGCUAUUAAAUGAUAUUAAUUGUCAGAAAUUUCAAAUUGUAUCAAUGAUUUUUGAUUAAAUCGUCAUAAUAUGUAGUAGUAAUUUUAUAUGGUUUUAAAUCUUGCCGUGAGAACAUUUAAAAGCUUUGAAAAUAGAUUCCUUUUUGAGCAGAGGUGAAAGUCUAAGUUUGAAAUGUUUUACACUUUGAAAUUGAAUGUAAA